AAUGAAGUAAAUAUUUUAGAUGUUUUCAUAUCAACAUAAAUAAAUAUUUUGUUAACAAUUUCCAUAAAUAUUUCUAUUAAUUUCCAUGAUUCUUCCAUCUCUGGAAAUCUUCAUUUUAAAAUUCCCUGAUAUUUCCAGGUUUUCCAUGAGCAUGAGAACCCUGUAUUAAUGUCUUGCUUGACAACAUCUGUUGACGCUGUAUAUCACACAAUUAAUCCUUACAUGUUCAACAUCAUAAGCUACCACAAAGAGUCAUGAAAAAACUGAAUAGACUACCAUUUUCUAAGCUGUAUCAGCUGGUGUUUUAUCUCUUCUGCCCCCUCCUCAGUCCAUCCAUCUCUCUCUCUCUCUGGCUGUGCAGGCAGACACAGACUAUUCUAAUGUUAGUCCUACUUCCUGAUGUGAGCCACGCUCAUACACACUCUGGAUUUUUCUAGCUGUGAGCUGCCAGUUCCUCUUGUUUCUUUCAUUUUCUGUUGAUUUGCUCACUCUGUCUUGAGAGGAGUAAUCAUGAGGACCCCUAGAUGAGGACUGCUGGAAGUUUUGCAACAACUAGCAAUUCCAAGUGAAUUCAACAAAUUUCCUGGUGGAUUCAUCAUGAUGGAGAAGGAAGGCAUUCACUUGGAGUAGACCAGUGGAUGCUCCUCCAAAGGUUUGCUCAGGAACUGUUACAACAGGGUUUGGUGGACAAUGCGGUCCAGGAUGAACAUUAUAAUUUCCUCAGGUCUCUUGAUGACUCUUCUGGGCUCUUGUGGAACAUCUACAAGUUGUCCAUCAGGCUGUUCCUGCAAUGUAAACCAUACAGACUGCAGUGACCUUAACCAACUGGCUUCCUUGGACUCCAUCCUGGACCAGCUACCCUUUGACGCAAGCUACCUCAACCUCUCAAAUAACAACUUCACCACUGUGGAACCUGGGAGUUUUUCCAAUUUUAGUGACUUGCUACAUCUAGACCUCUCCAGAAACCUUCUCUCCGUUGUCUUCCCUUCAAGCUUCUCCCACCUGAACAAACUACAGGUCCUGGAUCUCUCUGAAAACCUCCUUGUGAGGCUCCCCAUUAACUUGUUCUCUGGCCUCAACAGCCUAACAGAACUGGUUCUAAGAGACAACAGGCUUAAGGAACUGAAUCCAGAUCAGUUCAAAGGUCUGACUGAGCUUAGGCGUCUAGAUCUUUCCUUUAACAGUCUCUGCUCCGUGCCCACACACCUGCUGGAUGGUCUCCAGAACCUAGUGUGGCUCUCGCUUAUGGGCAACAAGCUGAAAACUCUGCAGCGGACUUCACUUGAGCCAGCGACUGCUCUACAGCAACUUCUGCUCGAUGGAAACCCAUGGAAUUGUAACUGCAAUUUAAUUCCACUCAAGCACUGGCUGGAAUGGAUUGCAUACACAGGUGGCAGCAUAGAUUCCGCCAACUGCUCCUUUCCUGCUAAUUUGCAUGGUAAGGAUCUUCGCAGUAUCCCUAUGGAAAUGUUCAGACACUGUUACCCCCUCUAUCUGGAGACCAGGAACCCAUCUGCAGCCGAGGGCCACCAGAUACCAGCCGGGUCAGCCGGAGACUGCAUGCGCCAGCGCUACCGGCCUGUGAGUGUGCGUCGAGCGACUGCCACAGUGGUGGUAGCUGGGGUGGUGUGUGGAGUGGUGUGUGUGAUGAUGGUGGUAACGGCCACCUACGGCUGCAUCUAUGCAAUGCUGAUGGCUCAUGAACAGCAGCAGCUGAUAGAGGGAAACAGCCAGCGGCAACAGCCGCUGAUGGUGGCAAAGGAACCAGAGCAGGAUGAAAAGGAGGAUCUGAUGCCGACUAUCGGAAAGGGAGCCACAGAGUGCGUAGCUUGGAUGGCAUUUCCUCCAGAAGUGUGUGUUUAAGGCACAUGAGGAACCUACUGGAAGCUAUAGUUUAUCAUUGAUGUACAUAGAUUUAUAAAUAUUUGUUUGGGAGCGAGAGUUGGAAAGCAAAUGACCCAAUGUAGUUCAGGAGCAAUUACAGCUCCUACAAACUGGCUAAAAAAACCCUCAAAAAGACAAAUAUAUUCAACUACUCUAUAGCUUUUAAGUAGAUUUAAGGAACAUAAAAAGAAAACACUGAAUAUGAUUUUAUGUAAACUUUUAUAUUUUCCUAUGAAUUCUCCUAACAAACCACCACUGUGUUUGAUUUCUUAUAGUUGCAAUCAAUCAGUUGUUACUUUGCAUAUUAGUAUAUUUUUCUAAAAUUGAGAAACAGAAUAAUAUUUUAAAUAUAUAUCUAUCUAUGUUUAAUAUAAAAGUAAUGUA